GAUGGAUAAUAACAUGUAGGUAACCUAGCUGUAGAAAACACACCAUCCCAUUCAGUUUUCCAUGCCGUAGCAUAGAGCAGGAGACUGGGUGCAGGAAAGGAGAUUUAGCCUCAGCAGCAGAUUGGCACUGCAGGAUUUUCUCUCUUUAUCCAUUAGCUACCCAGAUCCUAGUCUACAAACAAAUCACCCCUUUGAACACAAAUUCUGAAUCUUCUUGCAAAUAAAUGAGGACACACCAUGCUGACCAGCAUAGCAGAACGCAUCAUGUACUGCCUGACAGGCAAAACACCCAACUCUGUGGGUCCAGCAGAUAUUUCAGAGACCUGCGAUGGCUACAGCUUUAUGGAGGUAAAGCCAGGACGGGUUUUAAGGGUACGUCACAUCUUGCCAUCGCGCCCAGGAGGCGGGCAGGAGGAAGCACAAGAAGAAGUGAAGAAACCAGGGCAAGGAUUGGUCCAUUGCAAGCGCAAAAUCACAGUUUAUCGUAAUGGUCAACUGGUGAUAGAGAACCUUGGUACUACCUUACGCUCUGAGAUCUUACAUUGCCGCAAUGGAAAUCCAGAGCCUGCUGGAACACUGGAAGUAGAGUUGUCGGAUUAUACCAGCACAGGCAAUGACGGAGGACCUUGCAAAGAGGGAGAAACACUUCCAAGCAAGCGUCGGAAACGCAAACCCAAGAAAGUAGUGUUGGUUGACUGUCAAAGGCAGGUGACUGGAUGCAAGGGAACCCACUCUGAUGUAGUCCUAUUCUUUAUUCAUGGAGUGGGGGGUUCACUUGACAUUUGGAAGGAGCAGCUGGACUUUUUUUCCAAACUUGGUUAUGAGGUGGUGGCACCAGAUCUAGUGGGGCAUGGAGCUAGUGCCUCACCACAGAUUGGCGCUGCUUACACGUUCUACUCUCUUGCUGAAGACAUGAGGUGCGUCUUCAAACGUUAUGCAAAGAAGAGAAACAUCCUGGUGGGACAUUCAUAUGGUGUUAGCUUCUGCACUUUCCUGGCCCAUGAGUACCCUGAUUUGGUUCACAAGGUGGUCAUGAUAAAUGGAGGAGGUCCUACCGCACUUGAGCCCAGCUUGUGUUCCAUCUUUAAUAUGCCCACAUGUGUGCUGCACUGCCUGUCUCCCUGCCUGGCCUGGAGUUUCCUUAAGGCUGGUUUUGCUCGACAAGGUGCCAAAGAGAAGCAGCUGUUACGCGAAGGUAAUGCCUUCAACGUGUCGUCCUUUGUGCUGCGAGCCAUGAUGAGUGGCCAGUAUUGGCCUGAGGGUGAUGAGGUGUAUCAUGCUGAGCUCACAGUGCCUAUAUUGCUGGUACAUGGCAUGCAUGACAAGUUUGUGCCACUCGAUGAAGACCAGAGGAUGGCAGAGAUCCUCCAGAUCAGCUUCCUGAAGGUGAUAGAAGAAGGUAGUCAUAUGGUCAUGCUGGAGUGUCCUGAAACUGUUAAUACACUUCUCCAUGAGUUUUUCCUAUGGGAACCUGAACUACAGAAUGUAGAAGAGGCCGGAAAUGAGUGAAAACAAAGACAAGAUCAAGGGAAUACCAUGAGACAGAAGAAAGACUUUUCUGCUGUUAAUGAAACAAUGGAUGAAGUCCAUGUUUGGAGAAGACUCCUGAUGAGCCAACUUUCCAUCGGCCAAGCUUUUUGAAAAAAAGACUUUGGCUCCAGGGAUGGCGUCAGGGAGGAUAUUUCCAAGAAAGCUAUGUCUAAUACAGCUUUCAAGAAAUAAGAGUCUCCACUCUUCUACUUGUUACCUCCAACUUCAAUUAUAAGAUUAAGGAUACGGGAGGAGACUGGCUAAGGAAAUAUCUGAUGGAAUAUCUGGUAACAUGAGAUAAAGUUGGCGUGUUACCUUAUAAUGAAUCUCACUGAAUAAAAACUCUGCAUAGUAAAAGGGAGUUUUCUGUGCUGAAAAAAAGCAUAAUAUGUUUUCUCUAUCAGACAUGCUGUGCUAUGUUACCUGCUUCUUGAUGUAGAAAGGAGGCUACAAAUUAACCAUUUUUUUGCCAGUGUGGAGGUCCACAGGCAGCAAUACAACAGUUAUUAACAUCAGAGAACAAUCCUACUUGUAUCAGACCCUGCAGGUAGUCAAAGGAGUUACUGUAAAAAAAACUUCAAAUGACUUUAGGAAACAAAAUAAAUGUGUAUAAUAUGUUA